CAGAAAAAAAAUAACACACAAUUCUGCAAAGCCAUGUAAAAAAAAAAAAAAAAGGUGAGCAAUUUAUUUGUGAGUGAAUGUCUACAGAUGUCCACAAACUUCAAUGACAUAUUGUACCGGUAAUUUUCACUUCACUAACAAAUUCACUUCAUUUCUUUUUCUCAGAUUCUUCACCUUAGUCACAGUUAACAGCAGUUUACAACCUGAUUUUUUAUGUUCUUUUUUUUGUAACAGAGCAAUUUUCACCUUUUUUUUAUCCUUUGUGACAUACUGCUACCUAGUGGCCCUUUGCCUCCAUGGCAAGAAAACCCCUACAUUUUUAUCUAAUGACAUCAGUUACAGGAAACAACCUUGGCAUUACAGAAAAUAUCUAAUCUUUUCCAUUUUUUUUCUUACCACACCCUCCAUUUCUUUAGAUUACAUAACCCUCAUUGCUGACUGAUGCAUGAACAUCAUGUUGACCUGAUGCAGAAGAACAAAUUUCAGUUUUAUAUUGAGGAAUGAAACAUAUCACAGAGCAAAAUACUGUUCCCUGAUCACUUCCACCAGCAAAGAGUCAGGAUAUGAUGAAAGGGAGAUUAAAUUGGUCCAUUCUGAAUAAAAACUCCAUAUGUUUUUUUGUUUGUUUUUUGUUUUUUUCUAGGGUGUAAGCGAGUUGACUGUCCCAUGGCUCUGCAGGAGCUGGGCAUCAGCCUAUCCAUGAUAGGUGUUGCUGGGACCAUCCUGAUCUGCGCUCUGCCCAUGUGGAAGGUGACAGCAUUCAUCGGCACCCAUCUGGUGGUCAUGCAGGUGUUCUGGGAAGGUCUGUGGAUGACCUGCGUCAGUGAGUACACAGGUCAGCUACAGUGCAAGCUUUAUGACGCCCUGCUGGACCUGUCACCAGACCUUCAGGCAGCUCGCGGCCUCAUCUGCAUCAGCCUGUUUCUGGGAUGUCUGGGAUUCCUCAUCUUCCUGCUGGGAGCACGCUGCACCAACUGCCUAAGCCACCCAGGCAUAAAGGCUCGGGUGGUGAUGAGCUCUGGUGCCAUCUUCUGCCUGGCGUCCCUCACCACCGUAGUUGCUGUUUCCUGGACGGCCAACUCCAUCAUCAGCGACUUCCACAACCCGCGUGUCCCUGAGGUGCUUAAGAGAGAGCUCGGAGCAGCCAUAUAUAUAGGCUUUGUGAUCUCUGGGCUGCUGUUCUGUGGGGGGGCCAUCCUGUGCACAAGCUGCCCACCACAGAGGGCCAGGUUCCCCUCCAGUGGUUACACACGGGCCAGGAACCCCACACACAGCAGCUAUGCCAUUAAGAACUAUGUGUGAAAUGAGGAUCAAGGGUUGAGCACACACAUCUUGAACUGCAUGAAGCAAUGCAACUGGCCAUAUAUAGAAACAUAUAUGAUAUACAUAAAGCAAUAUGUUAACACUUUGAAAUAUAUGGAGGGACUGUAAAGGUAUGCCUUGUAUUACAUUCCAAUAUGCUGUCAUUUUUCUGCAAGGUGAGACAAGGUGAUGGAUUUGAAGACUGUACAGUUUCUUUAUUUUGUCCACAGUGGUGUCAAUGCCAGUUGUUUGUAGAUGUUUGUGGACUUUGUAUGUUUGUAGAUUUUCUAUGGACUUUCAAAGUUUUGUCAUGAAAUGUGCAGCUGAAUUGUUAGAUCCCUGUAUGGAGGCAAUAUACACAUCAGCCAUAACAUUAAAACCACGACAGCUAAAGUGAAUGGCAUUCAUUAUCUUGUUACAAUACAAUGUUCUGAUGAGGAACCAUGGGUCCUUCAUUCAUCUGGAUGUUACUUUGACACAUACCACCCACCUAAACAUUGUUUUAGACCAAGCACACUCCCUCAGACAUUUCUGAGCAGUUUUGUGGUGUGGUGGGAACAUUGCUGAGGGAGGCCCCUAACUUGGUUUGUGACAAUAUGUAGGUGGGUGGUACGUGACAAAGUAACUGAAUGUCAGGACCAAAGGUUCCUCAGCAGAACAUUGUGUUAUAACAAGAUGAUCGAUGUUAUAAUGUUAUGGCUGAUCGGUGUCUUCAACUGUAUGUCUGAUACAGCUAUGACUAACUGGCGUUUCAACCUUUAAAACUGCUGCAAUCUGUUUAUAGAACUAGAGAACAGAAUUUUAACCCCAUAGCUUAAUGUGCAUGCAUUUCUAUUCAGUAGAAUACUAUAUGAAUCAUGUUUCAGUUUUUAGUAAAAUUACUAACUGUCAACACUUGCCACUCUAAAAGCUUGUGUGCUCAUGAUUUGCCUCUUAGAAUUCAAAAUAAACACUGGAGAGUAAACGUGUGUCAGCUGAAUCACUAUUCUAAAUCCAGUGGUUCCACAGAGAGGGUCCUACUGUGAGAACAUAAAUCUUAAUAUCACUAAGAACUUGUGUCUCUUUAAAUCAAAUUUUUCACUCAGAAACGCGACCCAAUGGCUGAGAACUCUGAGCACAGUGGAACCUUUGUUUUUCCCUCUCCGCAAAAAGUGGGAGAAAGGGAUUGUUUUGAAACCAUGGCAGAGCAAACAG